AUGCAGAAAGAAUCAAGACUCCCAGUAAAUGUAUGGAAAAUAUUCCCGUCUGAUGGCAAGGAACAGCUGAGAGGUCUUUGCCGGAUAAUACCCUUCAAAUACAACAGGUCACCUUACGUUGGUGGAUUCCAAGUUGCUGCCCACCAAGAAUGCGGUCUUGAGCAACCUGGCGCCGGUUUGGUCACCAUCAACACCGUCGAGGAAAACAAUUUCAUAUUCGAAUGGAUCACUCGUUUCGCAUCAGAGCCAACAACAGUCUGGAUCGGUUUGUUCCAGCCUAGGGUAGCUAGGCAAGGACCUGUUUGGUUCAGUGGCGAACGCGGAAUCCUAGAUCUGGUAGAACCUUUGGAUUACGGAGAGGGCGCUGUUCUAUUCUUAAACGACCGCAGAAGAUACAGUCCCAGGUGGGAAGGUGAGGAUCCAUUCGAAUGGGGGAGUCGACCGUCAGCUCUAUGUGAGUACAAGGUCACGCAGGCGCCACCGACUACGCCUCCAAUUGCUCCCACCACUAAACAGAAGACAAUUCCUAUUCCAGGGCCAAGCCAACAACCGCCAAUAUUGCCUAAGAGGAAUUUUCCUCGCAAACCUUACUUUCCGAGUUACCAUCCCUUCGGUCCUGGACCUUUGUCGCUACAUAAACCAGUGGGUACAGACGGUUUUCUUUUUGAGGUGAUCAGACGGAGGGCUAUGUCUCAUAUUGAUAAGCGUGGUAACAAUCAUUAUAAGUCGGGAUACUUUCCAAUCGCACUACCCUGA